CCUUACUUGUACUACACGUACUACGUAGUAACAGUAUCGAGCGGGGCACCGUCGGGCGUCAACUAUUUGAGGGGGUAUGCCUGCACUCUGCGGCUUGAAGCGGACUAAGGAUAACUGUGGGGAGAAGACAUAGACUGACUACUAAUACCGUCAAGAUAGGGGCAACCAGAACUAUCAAGAUACCCCACAACAAUUUCUUUUGCUCCUUCGACCACUUCCUUCUAUUCAGCCCGACCUUUUGCUUCUACUUGACUCUACCCUACCAAGUUGCAUCCACUCCAUCUUCUUGUCCCACCAUGCCUACGACAUUGCUAUCUUCUAGCCGUGCCGAAGCCACCCAUGCGUGUGCUACCGUCAUGCAUGCGUUCUCUAGCUGGGAUAGCUUCAAGGCAGCCAUACAAGUUCAAAACACUCUAGCAGAUGGCCAGACGAACUACGUCAAUGCGGACCCCGUUUGGAUGAAUGAAGACUUGGAGCCCACGCCACCACAUAAGCGAACAUGGGGCUUCUAUACGUACUGCUUGUUCUACUUUGGAGUGUCUUUUGGCAAUUGGAAUCUAGGCGCAACAAUGAUCGGAAUUGGCCUCAGCUGGUGGCAGGCUAUUCUUGUCAUCUUCGUGGCUCAGGUUAUCUCCGCAAUCGCCCAGGCCUUCAAUACUCGUCCUUCAGCUACAUAUCACCUAGGGUUCCCAGCUAUCUGUAGGGUUGUCUUUGGCAUGUACGGCAGCUUCUUCUUUGUUGGAGUUCGAGCUCUCCUGGCGUUGGUUUGGUAUGGGGUGCAACUCUACUCGGGAGCCAGCCACGUCGGCAACAUGCUUCGGGCCAUCUUCGGUGACGCCUACAACAACAUCCCAAAUCACCUCCCUGAAUCCGCCGGAAUCACGACCAAGAAGAUGCUUGCUUUCGUCAUCUUCUGGCUUAUCCACUUCGUCUUCUGUUUCUUCCGGCCGUACCAGCUCACUCGCUUUUUCUGGUUCAAGGGAUUCAUCAUGCUCCCGGCCGUUUUCGGCGUCUUCAUAUACUGUAUGAUUGUGAGCGGCGGCAAAGUGGGCAGCACACUGGCCCAGACAAACGUGACCGGUGGAAUUGGAUGGGCCAUCAUGCAUGGCAUUAACAGCGGCAUGGGCAAUACCGCGACCUUGAUCACAAAUCAGCCAGACAUUGCGCGUUGGAGUAAAACUCGGUCGGCAGCGAUCACUUCUCAGUUGAUGGUACAACCUUUAGCCGUGGCGACAGCUGCAAGUCUCGGUAUCCUAGCCACUGCCGCAAUCAAUGGAAAAUGGGGUCUACAACUCUGGAACCCCUGGGAUCUCUUGGAUGCUAUCCAGGACCGCCACGACAGCCCAGCCGCGCGGUUUGCAAUCUUCCUCGCCGCGUUUGUUUGGACGGUCAGCAUCUUGGGCACAAACAUUGCCGCCAACAUGAUUUCCUUCGGCGCCGAUGUCUCGCUGCUUUGGCCUCGCUACAUCGAUAUGAAACGUGGAUUCUUCUUGGUCGAGUUUCUGGCAUUCGCCAUCGUGCCUUGGAAAAUCAUGGCCUCGGCUGCCGCCUUCACCCAGUUCCUUUCCGGAUAUGGUCUCUUCAUGGCCAGCGUCGUAGCCAUCAUGAUCGCUGACUACUACCUCCUAACCAAGGGGAACAUCAUGACUGCUUGGGUUUUUGAUCCGACAAAGUCCAACGUGCACUAUCGUUAUCACAAGGGCUGGAAUCUGCAAGCUCUGGCUGCUUAUAUCUGUGGUCUCGCAUUACCGUUCCCCGGCUUCGUUUCGUCUCUAGGUGCAAGGGGGGUGAAUCAGGCGGGCAAGAGUUUAUUUUACAUUGCCUGGCUGCUGUCCUUUUGCGUCUCGUUUGUUUCGUACGUUGCCAUUUGCAGAUUCUGGCCCACUCGCAACCAGAAGUUGAUUCGUGAGGACGGUCUUGGUUGGGAAGAGAGUGCAUGUAAAACACUAGAAGCGGAGGAUGGUGCAGCAGAAGAAAUUGGCGUUCAACAAGUUAGAGUUGAUGACCUAGUUACUGAGAAGCAGGCUACUGUUUAGGGCCAAGUUAACAACGACACUAUAUCAUUUCAAACGGCCCUUGUUGUAACGAGUUUUGGGCAAUAAUUAUAUUGCAACUGGUUAGGCUACUCUAUACCACCCUGAAGCUGAAUAAAAAGAAAGGAAGG